GAAUAAUAAAUUAUGCUACAUCCACAGUGCCUAUGUCGGGUAGGCAGACGCUCUGCAUCCGUCGCAGACCCCUUAGCCUGCGCAGCUUUCCUAUGAGAGGAAAGGAAAGGAGAGGAAAAAAUUCCUCCUAGAAAUUUGUGCCUCCUUCGCACUGAGCUUGUCGUGGAUAUCGCGAACGAUUCCGCUGUGCUUCUGGUCUUCAGACUGCUUCGGGUCUUUGGAAACAUUUCUGUUACAUUGCAACGUUACGUUAUGGCCACGAUCCGGCCCGGUGGGCCAAAAUGUUAGUUCGCCAACAUGAAAUGGACGAAAAACGUAUGUAUUGCAACUAAAGUAACAUUGCAUUGCCCUUUUCUUCUGGCUGAACGACCGCGAUCGACAAGCAGCAAUUUCGUAGAGAAAAACACUUGCACGAGACAUAAAAUUCGCGCGCAAGCAAGAGCACAGGCCUGUCUCUUGCGAAACGACACCAUCCUAACCUUGCCGCACGCUAACUUUCACAUAAAACCAAAAAGGAUUUUAGCGAUGAGUGCAUUUAGACAUGGCAGACGACAGACAUUCUAUAGGUUCUAAUAAUGAAAGCGCUCCUCUGAUGUCACGUUCCCGGACUACAUUUUUAUCUACGGGUUCGCUUCCUUCGCCCGGGAUGCGGUAAAGUUUUUGGCAAAUUUUUAUCCUUUGGGCGUUUUGUGCUUGGUUUCGUUCAACUUUAUACUUGUCUUCACUUUUUGUUUUAAUGAUUUAUCGUGUCCUGUCUUCUUCACCAUUGAUAAAUUCCCUACUGCCUUGCUGCAACCAAAUGCAGGAUAAAGUCGUUCUGUAAAACACAUCGCACCAAGUGAAAUGGUGCCUUGAACUCUGGAACAAGCAUCGUGCAGCGUCAUUUGCACUCCAGUCUCCGGCAGGAGAGGUAGCUCUACACCCACGACAUGUUUCUGCUCCGGAGUGGUGCGGCAAUAUUCCUUCUGGUAGUGCUCGGGGUUCCAGCUCCGUGCGACGGACUGUGCUGUCAUUCGUUGGUAGGACAAGUCGCCGACCUGAACCGGAUGGUCAGUGAACUCUCUACGGCCGUGAACUCGGCAGUGCUGCCGCGGUUAACCGACAUGCAGGCCCAGAUGCGAAACCUUACGUUGCAGCGGCAGACGUGCGCGUCGCUGGUCGACAAGCCACUGGCCCGCGACUGCAGCGACCUGCCGACUGGCUCCCCCAGCGGAGUGUACCGGGCGUGGUUGAGUGGGCUGCCUAAACCGGUGCCGGUGUACUGUGACAUGUCCAAAGACGGCGGCAGGUGGACCGUCAUCCAGCGGCGCGCCGAUAUUACACCCAGGCAGAACUUUUAUCUCAACUGGCAGUCCUACAAGAUUGGAUUCGGUAAGCUCGAUGGCGAAUUUUGGUGGGGCAAUGAACACCUGUUCCGGCUAACCUCGCAAGGUGGCCGACGGUACCAACUGCGCAUUAACCUGGAGGACUUUGAGGGUGGGAAAAGGUACGCAUUAUACCGGAACUUCAAGAUCGGGCCAGAGCGGGAUGGUUACCGCCUUUACGUGAGCGGCUACACAGGAAGCGCCGGCGACAGUUUCAGUAAUCAUAACAAGCAUCGUUUCUCUACACGCGAUAGAAACAAUCAACAUCCGCGGAGAGCAGUAAGUUGUGCUCAGAGAUAUAAGGGUGCCUGGUGGUACACGUACUGCCACGCAUCUAACCUGAAUGGACAAUACCUUUCCGGACGGCAUAAGUCGUACGCCGAUGGCAUUGAGUGGAAGAGCUGGAAAGGAUACUUUUAUUCCCUGAAAGCAGUGGAAAUGAAGAUCAGGCCAGUGUAGAAGUAAGGGCUUCAAGUUAAUAACUUGCUUGGGUGAUGUGUGCUCAGCCCGACGGCAUAUGUGAUGGAAAGCGAGGAGGCCCGUGUUCGAAGUGCUUGCAUGAGGCUUAUAGAAACUAGUGUAAUCAAAUUGUCUGUGCUUCUGGAACCCAACGCAAACAAGCAACCAUUUGUAUCACGUUCUGCAGAAGAUUUGUAAAUCUCCGCCGAAUAUUCCACAUAAUGUGAUAUUUGCAUGGUUACGUAGACGAUCACAAAUAAAUUUAUCCAUCCAAUA